ACUAACAGUCAUCGAUGAAGUUCUUAUGGCGUCCGUUUGCUCAUUGGUCGCGUCUGGGAAAGAGCCGCCUCGAGGUUAACGGAAGACCCACAUCGCACGGCUGAUAUCCGGUGUACACAAAUGUCAGGUGGUCGGUGUGGCGCUGUGACGUUCGUUUUCGGCUCGGCCACGGCGGAAAGAGCGAGAGAAAGAGGGAGCGAGUGGCGAUGCGUUGACCAGGCCGCGGAGAGAGAGGAGUGUCCGCUUCUCGAAUGGUGAACGGCCAUAUUGGCUCAGCGCAGUGUUUGUUUUGCGGUGGGAAGGUGCAUUAGCGGCACGCAUUCGCAACCGCAGCCCGUCCUGACCGUCAUCGGCGAGAUACGCCCGUGGACGUCGCCCUCGCCGGUAAACCUGACGCGUGGCUCGCACGAGUGGCGCACGUCGUCGUCAUCGUCAUCGUCGUCGUCGUCGUUGUCGUCGUCGUCGUCGUCGUCGUCGUCGUCGUCGUCGUCGUCAUCGUACGUUCAUUCUCGCUCAGGCGGCGCUCCCCUCCCCCGCCACCUUUGCUCGGAACCAUCUCCAUCGUUCUCCCAGUCGGUCCUUCUCUUUCCGCCCCCACCGCCCCCGCCCACUCCCCCGGGCCACGGCCCGUGCGACUGACUGCUGGGUAUCAGUCGUAUACGGGACACGGCGAGCUCGAGAGUGCUGCACCACUAACGCCACCAACGCCAUGGCGUGCGCCACACUCAAGAGGUCCUUGGAAUUCGACCCGGUGCACAGCCACGGCCGGCCGAGCAAACGACGGAGAUGCGUGCCCAUGUGCGCGGUGUCGCCCGGCGGCUCCGCCAUCGUCAGCCCGUCGUCGUCCCGUGGCAGUCCGCUACCGCAGAAGGAGUCGCCAUUCGGCGACACAACCAACAAAUUGACGCCUGAAAAAAUGGCUGCCAAUAUCAGAGAAGAAAUCUGCAGAAUGCAACGGCGUAAGCAGUUAAAAUUUCCACAGGCUAACAGUGGUGAUUCAUCUGACACAGAGGCUCCUUCAACUUCAGCUGCCUCUUCUGCAACUCCUUUUAGUCAUAGUUCUAGUGGCAAAGAAAAAUUGGAAAAACCCCUCUUCACAUUUAGACAGGUUGGUUUGAUUUGCGAACGAAUGCUCAAGGACCAGGAAACGCAAAUUCGAGAAGAGUACAAUCAGAUUUUACAUCUAAAGCUUUCCGAGCAAUAUGAUGCAUUUGUUAAAUUCACAUACGAUCAAAUACAAAAGAAAUUUGAAUCUGCAGCUGCACCGAGUUAUCUAUCAUAAGAAAGGAUUCUUAUUUAUAAGGAGAUACUUCUGUGAAGAAUAUUAGAUUUAUACUGUGUGAGACAAAUUUCGUUUGCUGCUGAGGUUCGCAGCGCAGCCUCGUUUCGAAAAUCACCUCCAAAAAGAACGAUAACAACGGUUUCAGCCAAGUGUCCUGUAAAAAGAAAUGAAAAAAGAACUAAAAAUGGCGACUAGCGACGUAAGUUCGUAGAGAAGAGAGAAAGAAAGCAAGAGAGUUUGCGCGCGCGCGUGCGUGUGUGUAUGUGUGUGAGUGUGUACGUAUGAGUAUGUGAUUUGUGUGUAUCGCGAUGAGCUGCAAACAUAACUACGAGAAUCUACCUAAUGUAUACCUUCGAGACUAACACAAUAUUUGUACUGUUCGACAUUAGAAGUGCGCUGGUAUCAGGGAACUGUACUAGAAGAAUUCUACUUAUGUACAAAUGUUAUUACGGUUGAAAAGUAUGACACGUGUACACAGUGCAAGACUAUGGUAUGGGAGACAGUGGUGGCAUGUAAAAUGUACGCCAAUACAUUUACAACUGCAUAUUCAAAAUCGUUAAUCAUCAUGCGCGAAACACAUUUUGUCCAACACUGGUGCUUCGUACGAAGGCUCGAUAUCCUUCGGUGGAAGCGGAGAGAACGCGAGACAGAGAUCUUCCCAACUUAUCACGAACGUCUGUAUUUUUCUCUCAGCUCGCUUUCGGGAUGAUUGCGGAAAUUCUGGGCAAUUUUACUUUUCCUGCACGUUUCGAUAAAAUAUUGUGCAUUGGACGCUGAAUAAAAUGCUUCAAAAAGUAACUCUUUCGGUUGCUGCGACAAUUUGAUAUUGCUUUGAUAUUGCUCAAAUAUAUACGGCAACGAGUGAUUUUCCCGCGAUGUAAACAACGCGCGUAAUGUGUAUAACCUGCGAAUUUCCAGAGAGAAAACUAUAAACGUACGUGCACAAUGGAAAAGAGAAGAUUGCCUUUCUCGAAGUCUAACUGGCUCGACGAGGAGCGUGACGAGUGUUUUGAGGUUCGAUGUAAGAUUAUUAUGCAAAAUUAGCCGGUCGAAUCGUUCUUGUUUCACGAAUUAUUUGUAAGAUGUAAUACGAAAGUUAUGAUACAUAUUUAGCGUAACGUGUAGCGUAACUUGUUAUAAAUGGAUGGUGAAUUCGUUUCGACUGGUUUUGCGAAACAACGAAUUCACUUCGAAUUCUAUCGGAGAGAUUUUCAUUUUGUUUUAUAGAAAUAAUCGCGCGAUAUACGCUUCGUCGUUUCGUGAAUCAAAUGUAUGAAUUGUAAAAUUGGUAUUUAUCGCGAUUGUGAUUUUCAUUUUUUGCAAAUUACUGGAAAUUCUUUAUAAUAAAAAACGAAAGAAAGAAAGGAUCUCAUUUAAGGUAUAAACGUGUUGAACGAGCCGUAUAAAAAAAAAGCGUCGAGAUAAUAAGUAGGCUAUAGUAGGCAUUGUAUGAAAGCAUUGUGAAACGCAUAAGUAUUUGGAAUAAAGAUUUCAUAAAAUCUC